UAGUACUGUUUUAAAACCACCACGAAGGCUUAAGGCCUAAGCACCCAUUGGGUACCGUGGGGCUAUAGGGGGAUACAUGGGAAAGGGGGAACGCCACACAGACUCUGCCGAGGAAACACGUGUGCAAGCAACAUGCUCACAUUCUGGCUCCGCCUACGAGAUCCGCCGGGUGGUACCUCCGCGUUCGACAGUCAGAGACCGUCUACCACCUACGGACAAUCACAACAUCCAUAGCUAAGAGAAAAAGCGCGCGGCGACUGAUCAGGAGACCGAAGGGUCUACUACUGCGGCCA